CCUAAUUAUUUCCUUGCCUUUGUGUUCUCCUGCUCAGAGCGCUGGGCACUGAUGUGUCCUGACUGCUUGUCCUAAGUCUCCUGGAAUUUAUCGAUGAAGACAGAGAACCACACAGGGGUGAGGGAAUUUAUUUUCCAGGGUUUUACCAGUUUUCAUGAACAUAAGCUCACCCUCUUUGUGAUUUUCCUUACCUUGUACCUUUUGACCUUGUCUGGCAAUGUCAUCAUUGUGACAAUUAUCAGCAUUGAUCGACACCUUCACACCCCCAUGUACUUCUUCCUUACUGUGCUUUCCACUUCAGAGACUUUGUACACAUUGGUCAUUGUACCUCGGAUGCUGUCCAGUCUCGCAGGUCUGAGCCAACCCAUCUCCUUGGCUGGCUGUGCCACCCAGAUGUUCUUUUUUAUCACUUUGGCCAUCAACAACUGCUUUCUGCUCACAGCGAUGGGAUAUGACCGCUAUGUGGCCAUCUGCAACCCCUUGAGGUACAUGAUCAUCAUGAAUAAGAGGGUGUGUGCCCAGCUGGUAUGGGGGGCCUGCAGCAUUGGGUUGUUUGUGGCCACAAUUCAGAUUUCCUCUGUGUUCAGGCUGCCCUUUUGUUACAGAAAGGUGGCCCAUUAUUUCUGUGAUAUCCGCCCAGUUAUGAAACUCUCCUGUGCCAACACCACUAUACACGACAUAAUUAAUUUCCUUGUCAGCUCACUCGUCAUUGUGGUGCCCAUGGUUUUGGUCUUCAUCUCGUAUAUCCCCAUCAUCUCCACCAUCCUCAAGAUUGCUUCUGCUGAGGGCCGGAAGAAGGCUUUUGCAACCUGUGCCUCCCAUCUCACGGUGGUCAUUGUCCAUUAUGGCUGUGCCUCUAUCGCCUACCUCAAGCCCAAGUCAGAGAACAUGAGGGAUCAGGACCAGCUGAUUUCAGUGACUUACACAGUUUUCACUCCUCUCCUUAAUCCUGUGGUGUACACUCUAAGGAACAAAGAGGUCAAGGAUGCCCUUUGCCGUGCUAUUGGCAAAAAAACCCUUGCUUAG